CACACAAUCAUAGCAUAUCUCUUCAUUGUCCUAACAGCAACACUGAAAGAAAAAAGUAGUACUCUCUGACUGAAAGUGAAGGGGUCGCGCCCGACCGGCAACCUCCCAGACUUUAAAGCACUCAAAAUCACACACAACACAAACACCCACACGCUUCCCGUCAUAUAAUUCCUGUCACCUUCCUACAUGGACAAAUCACAACCGCUGUUUUAAGAACACGUGUCUUCUCGUGAAUGGUUUUGCCUGUCAGAUUCUUCGCCUCCUUUUACGUAGUUAUUAUUAUUUAUAUAAACCCCGAAGGGCCAAAGCAAGCCGAACGUGUUGGUCCAAUAAUUUAGUGCAAAAACCAUCUUCUUUUUUCUGCUUUCUCGUAUAGCAGCCUGUUUUGAGAAACUUUUUUUUUUUGAGGAAAUUAGAAAAUGUCAUCGGAGAACGGGAAAAGGUUGCUGGAAACUGAUGCCGGCGGCUUGAAUUUUGAGGCUACCGAGCUGACUUUAGGGUUACCUGGAGAGCCUAGAGUAACAUCGGACGGUGGAGCUAAGUUGGGCAGUAAACGUGGAUUUUCGGAAACCGUUGAUCUUAAGUUGGGUGACAACAAUCAAGAGGUUAAGCUGGGUCACUCCCUCCAAGAAGCUGCCAAGUCUCCCGUUUCAAAGACACAAGUGGUGGGUUGGCCGCCGGUGAGAGGCUUUGCAAAGAGAGGAAAGAAGAGUUGCAAAUAUGUAAAAGUGGCGGUGGACGGUGCUCCAUAUUUAAGGAAAGUUGAUCUCGAGAUAUACAAUAGUUAUCAGCAGCUGUUAACCUCCCUUGAAGACAUGUUUUCAUGUUUCACCAUAAGAAACUAUUUGAACGAGAAGAAAAUAGACCAAGUGAAUGGAAUUGAGUAUAUGCCUACAUAUGAAGAUAAGGACGGAGAUUGGAUGUUGGUGGGAGAUGUUCCAUGGCAAAUGUUUGUUGAAUCUUGCAAACGCUUAAGGUUAAUGAAAAGUUCAGAGGCAGUAGGAUUAGGUCUAAAGACGGCUCCAAAAUAUUCAAGCACAAAUUAAAGAAAAAGAAGCCUUUUUAAUUCAAGCAUCCAAGAAAGAAAUCAAAAAGAAUUGUACAGAGGCUUUUUUGCUUUGUUUGAACUAUUUUUACCUGACGGGCAGGGUUUUUGACUAAGAUAUAGACUGCCAAAUUGCAAGAAACAUAAAAUAAAUAAGCUGUAAUUGUAGUGCAUUGAUGUUGUGGGCUUUUUUCUCCACAUUACUUAAAGUUAAUCAUCUCUUCUUCCUUUUUCAGUUGUCUCCUUUGUUUUCAUUUUUCUAAAUAAAAGGAUUAAUUUCAAACUUAAUCAUCAAAA